AUGCCCCGCAAGAAGUCGGCUUUCGUCCGGGUGUACGAAAAAGUCGUCUCCUUCAACGUUGGGACUCUUUUCUCCCGCCGACGACAACCCGGUCCCAAACGCACAGUGUGCGUUAACCAGCCACUGCCUCCAAGUUAUCUGGAUCCGAAGGGGAAGGUUAAGGCCGAGCACUUCUACGUAUCAAACCAAGUCAUCACCAGCAAGUACACCCUUGUCACUUUCCUCCCCCGCAACCUGCUCGAGCAGUUCCGCCGUGUUGCCAAUGUCUUCUUCCUGGUCAUUGCGAUCCUUCAGUUCUUCCCAAAGUUUUCGACCAUUUCCCCUGGUCUCGUGAUAUUUCCACUGCUCGUUGUCAUUGGGUUUACUGCGGGCAAAGAUGCAUAUGAGGACACCAAGCGCCACCAAUCCGACCGAAAGGUCAACCACAGCUCGGUCCGCAUCCUUCCGCUCCAUAACACAAACCCCAUGAAAGCCAAAAGUCGGACAUUUGUUAGGGGGGUGAAAAAUCUGGUUUGGAGAAAGGGCAGGGGCGAGGCAAAGGAAGGGGAAGAGGACGGAUGGCAGUCUAGACCGUGGGAGGAUGUGCGGGUUGGCGACAUCGUCAAGAUUGUCGACAACGAACCCCUCCCUGCCGAUAUUCUCAUCUGCGCGACUUCAGAGGACGACAACGUUGCUUUCGUCGAGACGAAAAAUCUCGAUGGAGAAACCAACCUCAAAUCAAGACAUGCCUCUCCUUCGUUAACCCACCUCAACAGUGCUGCCGCAUUCGCAGAUGCCGAGAAGGCUUCAUUCCAUGUUGACUGUGAGCGGCCCGACACCAACAUGUACAGGCUCAACGGCGCCGUUUUCGUUGGGAAUGACAACACCAGCGCUCCGUUCGAUUUAACCAUGACCCUCCUCCGCGGUACCGUUCUCCGUAAUACUGAUUGGGUCAUCGGUGUCGUUUUGUACACGGGAGAAGACACUAAAAUUAUUCUCAAUUCCGGCGGCACACCCAGUAAACGAAGCAAGGUCGAAAGACAGAUGAAUCCUCAAGUCGCAUCUAAUCUCUUGAUCCUGGCUGCCAUGGCUGUUGCAUGUGGUAUUAGCGACUCAGUUCUCGAAAAACGGUACUAUCCUCAAGGCGCUCUUUGGUUAUACGGCGAUAACACAAGCUCCGAUAACCCAAGCUACAACGGUCUUGUUACUUGGGCUUUUGCUUUGAUCACGUUUCAAAACAUUGUCCCAAUAUCACUCUAUAUUUCCAUAGAGUUUGUGCGGACAUGUCAAGCGUUGUUCAUCUACUUCGACUCCGAGAUAUACUACGCCAAGACGAAUCAGGCAACGCUUGCGCGAUCGUGGAAUCUGGCAGACGAUCUAGGCCAGAUCGAGUACAUUUUCUCGGACAAAACUGGGACUUUGACGCAAAACUCGAUGGUGUUUCGGGAGUGCUCCAUUGGGGGGAAACGUUAUACGGGCGAAACACAAGAAUCUGAAAUCCCACCUGCUCCGCCUGCUAAUGCCGGGGACCGCCCUUCAACGGGUGAUUCGUCCACUGCCGUUGGCUCCGCACCAGCGACCGAUCAGGGAACGCCUCCCCGAGCCACAUCUCCGACAGGCAAAAAUGCUCGAAAACCCCGAUUCUCCGAUUCCGUUCUCACUGCCGACCUUUCAGCUGCGCAACAUGCCGGCCCUAAUACCCCUGAUGCAGCUCACGCGAGGUCACUAAACGGGUUUUUCAUCGUGUUGGCCCUCUGCCACACCGUUCUCGCCGAUAUCCGCACCGAAAACGGCCGUGAAGAAGUCAAUUACAAAGCGCAGAGUCCUGAUGAAGCGGCGCUGGUCCAGGCCGCUGCCGAUGCCGGGUACGAGUUUCGUGGACGAGAGCAGCGUAACGGUGUCUUGAUUCUCACCUUGAAAACUCCGUUUGGUGGAGAGGAACGAUACGAAUUGCUGAACGUGCUGGAAUUCACGAGUGCCCGAAAGAGGAUGAGUGUCAUUGUCAAGAAGCUUGGCAGCGGAGCGGAUGAGGAGACGGACGGGAAACUGCUCUUAUUAAGCAAAGGCGCCGACAACGUUAUUUUCGAUCGGUUAAAGAAGGGAGUCGCAGAGGAUCUCAAAGCCCAAACUGAAGAUCAUCUGGAUGAAUUCGCAAGUAAUGGUUUACGGACCUUGACCUUGGCAUAUAAGGUUUUGUCAGACAACGAAUAUGAAGCCUGGAAUCAGCGCUAUCACGACGCAACAGUCACUUUGGAUGAGCAGAUCAUUGAAGAUGUCUCAGACGAAAUCGAGCACGAUUUACGGCUAUUGGGUGCUACCGCAAUUGAGGACCGACUACAAGAUGGUGUCCCAGAGACCAUCGCUGACCUGAAACGGGCUGGUAUCAAGGUUUGGGUUGCUACUGGUGACAAGCUCGAGACUGCGAUUGCGAUUGGUCAUAGUACGAACCUGAUUGGCAAGGACUCCAACAUCAUUGUCAUUCGUGACGGCGACGAGGGCUCGCGUCCUGUAUACGAUCAACUUACUCGCGCUAUUGAAGAGUUCUUCCCCGAAAGUGGCCUCCUUCCCAAGUCUGAAGAAACCAACUCGCGACCGACCCAUCACCGACGAGCGUCUUCAUCCAGUGCUAGAAGUAGACGACGUGCUUCGGGUUCUCAAAGGAGCAUCCCUCUCGGUCGCGUCAAUACUGGUGUCUCCUCCAUUGUUGGCGCUGAUAAUGGUGACCGACCUGGCGGUUUUAUUUUGGUCAUUGACGGAACAGCACUUGGACAUGCAUUUAGCGAUGACCGGAAUAAGGAAACCUUGCUCGAUCUUGCUAUGCUGUGCGAGGGCGUUAUAUGUUGUCGCGUGUCGCCUCUUCAAAAAGCUCUUGUCGUUCAUCUGGUCAAGGAUGGUAUUGGCGCAAUGACACUGGCAAUUGGCGACGGUGCUAAUGAUGUCAGCAUGAUCCAAGCUGCUGAUGUUGGUGUCGGCAUUUCUGGUGAAGAGGGUUUACAGGCGGUCAAUUCAUCAGACUAUGCGAUUGCACAGUUCCGCUUCCUGAAAAGACUGGUUCUCGUUCACGGCCACUGGUCAUAUGCCCGCAAUGGCAACAUGAUCCUCAACUUCUUCUUCAAAAAUAUUGUCUGCAUCGGCGUGUUGUGGUGGUUCCAGAUCUAUAACGGUUGGAGUUCCUCCUACGUAUUUGAAUACACGUAUCUGCUAUGGUGGAAUGCCUUCUGGACGAUCGCGCCUGUUAUUGCUAUUGGAGUUUUCGACCGUUUGAUUGACGCCGACACUCUUAUGGCGCUACCAGAGCUAUAUCACUUCGGCCGGGAGGGCAGGUGGUUUGGGUUCAAACUUUUCAUCGUAUAUAUGCUGGAUGGAGUCGUCCAAUCUGCUAUAAUAUUCUUCAUCAUUCGUUAUACCUAUGCUACAACCACAGCCCGUUCUGAUGGUUAUAAUGUCUACCAGUACGAAUUCGCCACGACCAUGGCCAUGACCGCCAUCUUAUGCGCUAACUUAUUUAAUGGGCUGAAUACCAACUUUUGGACCGGAUGGGUCUUCUUUGCCGUCUUCCUUGGCAUCGUCCUCUCCUGGGGCUAUACCUCCAUUUAUUCGAUCAUCUCUCCUGGCUGGAUCUCAACUCCCGUGUUCGGAAACGUCCACUACCUCUUCCACUCUGCCUACUACUGGCUGUGCAUCCUCUUCUGUGUACCUGUUGCACUACUUCCUCGAUACAUCUCCCGGGCGUGGGCUAUGGGCUUUGACCCCAACGACAUCGAUCUUCUCCGUGCGGUCCGCAAGAUCGAGCCCCAUGUGGACAUUGCCGCUGCUGCCGCCGAGGCAGGCAAAGGCAAAGUCCAACCCUCGCUGGCUGCCCUAAAACGGGCACGUUCAUCAGAAACAGCGACUUCGGCCCCGCGUCGCAGUGGUGAAUGGCAUCUGGGCAGCAGGACAGACAUGGCGACAGGGUUGCGGAGUCUGCAUCGGGGCUUCGAUUUCUCAGCAGAGGAGGGCGGGGUGGCCAUGAGGAGGAUACAGACUGGGCUGUCGGAAGCAAGGCAGAGUCGAGUUAGCUUACCGGGCGGCAAGGAACGACGAAGUUUCUUUUCGCGCAAGAAGAAGGGCGAACAAUAA